UUACCAAACACAACAAACACAUAAUUUUCCACUAAAUCUUAGAAAAAGACAUCGAAACUAAUAAAAAAACUAUUCAUUCUCUUCUAAUUCAAACAAAAUCAACUUACACUCUUCUAAGAAACAAUCCAAUUUCUUCAUUUCCUUUCUCUUCAAUUGAGUUUCUCUUAAAAUAACACUUCAAUGGCUAGGAUCCAAAGAAAGCUCUUCCCAACAGAACCUACCACAAACCAAACCUUAGAUUGUUACGGCUUUUGUGACCCUUCAUGUCCUUCAAAUUGCUACACUAAUACAAAUUACUAUUUCUCACCCCCACCACUAGAACACACAACACAAGUUAACCACGUUUCCUCUUACUUCAUAAUCCUCAUUUCACUAUUCUCAUUGAUUUUUAUCAUAAUUGGUUUCUACGUGAUCAAAGUAAAAUGUUAUAAUGAGAUGUGUGGUUGGAGAAUUAAUAACUCGGUUCGCUCUCAAACCGAGAAUUCUGAAGAGUUUCUCAAUGAAAACCAGGUUGAUCGCGAUCAUAAUCGCGAUCACCCAGUCUGGCUUAUUGCAACGGUUGGUUUGCAACAAUCGAUUAUAAACUCUAUUACGGUUUGCAAGUAUAGGAAAAAUGAAGGGUUAAUUGAAGGAACGGAAUGUUCGGUUUGUUUGAAUGAGUUUCAUGAAGAUGAAACAUUAAGACUAUUGCCAAAGUGUAGCCAUGCUUUUCACAUUUCUUGUAUUGAUACUUGGUUGAGAUCUCAUACUAAUUGCCCUCUAUGUCGAGCUGGUAUUGUCUCCAACAAUGUUACUCCUGAAGUAACAAUACCGAAUUCGGAACAAGAAAAUAACAUUUUGGGAAGAAAUCAAGAGACUCAUUUGGAGAAUCCUAGGAAUGAUCAAGAAGAUGUCUUAAGCAACAAUAUUGUUAUCAAUGUGACAUUUGAAACUAGGGUUGAAACAACCGGGGAAUCAAGCGAUGAAUCGAAUUACAAGGAGCAAAUAAUCGAUGAUCCAACGGUUACGAAUGAUGAGAUACAAAUUGAGAUGGGUUUGGUUUCAACUGAACCUGGAAGCUAUCAUCAAAUUAGUCCUUGGAAGCUUAUUACUGAAAAAAAUAGCAAAUCAACACGUCGUUCUCCAAUUGAAGAGCGUUUACACGUAAAGCCAAUAGCUAUGAAAAAGUUUUUCCCUUUACACCAAAGAAAGGGUUUUAAAAAAAGAUACGUGACUGCAGUUUGGAGCACAACGUCAUAGUUUUUUUUUUCAUGUCUUUAUAGAUGAAACACUAUAGCAAUUCCAAGAAUUGUGAAUUCUCUGCAACUUCAAGAAUAGUGGUUCAAAACUUGGAUUAUUAUUAAAUAUAUGAGAGGUUCCACUAAUCUAAACUCAACUCUUGUAUAUUAGAAUUGUGAAUCUAUUAGAGGUGAAAAUAUUGUGCAGUGUGAGAUAUAUCAAUAAUAAAAAUAUGUUUAAAUGCAA